GGACAGUGUCGCACCUUGUGCGCAUGUGCGCAGGAAGACAUGAGCAGAGGGACGUUAAAUGGACCAUGUCUGUCAUGUCUUCUGUCCACAUGUCCUCUUCCUUUAUUCCUCCCGUGUCUUCAUUCUUCAUGUCUUCUGCUGUCUACGUGUCUUCAUGUCUUCUGCUCCAAAAUGCACUUUAGGACUUCAAUAAGAUGUUGGAGUGUUUGCAAAUCGUUGCUGUUCUCUUCGCCCUCAACUUUGUCUUCCCGCCGCUGCUUGCUCAGGAUCCCUCCUGUUGCCACCAUGCUGCAGAAUUCUCCCCUUGUAAAGAAGCUUGUGACCAGCUGGCCACCAUAAAGAGCGAGUCUCGCCUGAAGCAUCUCCUGCAGAGGUUGCCCAGUUAUUGUCCAGAAUCAAUGAAUGAGCUCUGGGUUUGCAUCAACUCAACACUUCCAGGGGUGUCCAGGAAGUUGGACAGCUGGGUGGGGUUGGGCUGCUGUGAGCUUGCUAUCUCAUCUGAGUGCCGCAGAGAAUGCAGACAGGCGUCAUCCAGAAAUGACCUGACUAAAGUAUGCAAAAAAGUCACAGAGAAUCCUCUAUACAGCUGCAUCAGCAAAAAUGAAAUGGGCUCCACCUGCUGCAGCUACGCAGGGCGCCACACCACCUGCAGGGAAUACUGUCAGGCCAUCUUCAGGACAGACUCCACCCCCACCGUGUCUCAGAUAAACGCCGUCACAGAGUACUGCCAGAGCCACAGUCCCCAGCUGCUCGGCUGCGUCAGCAAUUUCACCAAGUCCUACCCGAUACGUAGCCCGAUAGACAGUCUGUACUGCUGCGACCGAGCGGAGGCGACACACUGCCAGGUGGCUUGCCGGCGAAUCCUUCGUACCUUAAGCACCGAGCAUGAGAUCAUGGAGGGUCUGAUUGACGAGUGUGGCUCGCAGCCCCUCCCCCAAGACCCAAUGUGGCAGUGCUUCCUGGGCAGUGCUCAUCCCCCAUCCCCAACUGAGAAAGAAGUCCCGCAUCCUGCCAAAAUGGACUGUGCCAAACUGCACUGCUGCUCCAAGGCCAACACGUCAUUUUGCAGGGACAUGUGUCAGGAGAUCAGCACCAACUGGGGCAGUCAGACAUGGCAGGACUUUGACCAGCUGUGCGAGUACAACCCAGUGGAAAGCGAGCUGAUCAACUGCCUGGCGGAUGUCCGAGAACCCUGCCAGCUGGGCUGCAAGGACCUCACCUACUGCACCAACUUCAACAACAGGCCCACAGAACUGUUCCGCAGCUGCAACAUGCAGUCCGACCAAGGAGCUAUGAAUGACAUCAAGCUGUGGUCCAACGGAACAAUCAAGAUGCCCUUCAUGAACAUUCCUGUGCUCGACAUCAGGAAGUGUCUGCCAGACAUGUGGAAGGCGGUGGCUUGUUCCUUGCAGAUCAAACCCUGCCACAGCAAGUCCAGAGGGAGCGUCAUUUGCAAGUCGGAUUGUGUGGAGAUCCUGACCCAGUGUGGGGACAGGAAACGUUUCCAUGAGGGACAAACACCCGAGAGGAUAUGUGAGCUGCUGUCGCCCAUCGACGAUGCUGAACGCUGCAUCCCCCUGCACAGAUACCUCACCGCCAGUUCCCUGGGAAACAGCAUUGUUGACGAGGUCAUCCAUCCCUGCAACCCUAACCCUUGCCCUAGUAGCCACGUAUGCCAGGUGAACCGAAGGGGCUGCCUGGAUGAGCUCAGCUGUCAACCCUUCCUCUGUGUGCCAGGCUGUAAAUUAGGCGAGGCCUCAGAUUUCCUGGUGCCGCAGGACGCUCGGGUUCAGGUGCCAACUCGCACUGGUCCGGCCGGGUGCUAUGAGGUCUGCACUUGCGGUGCCAGCGGGCGCCUGGAGAACUGUGCGGAGGUACCUUGCGUGGACAUCAACAAGCCUUGUGUCGUAGGCGGAGAGAAGAAGAAUCACGGGACAGCUUUCAAAUUGGACUGUGGCAACUGCUUCUGCUUUGCCGGUGACGUCGUCUGCUCAGACAGAGAAUGUUCCGACAUUGAAGGUUACGACGAAGACCGUCAACAUUUUACUGGUCUCCCAUGCAGCUGUCCAGACCACUUCAUCCCCGUGUGCGCCUCCAACGGCCGCACGUACCCCAGUGCUUGCGUGGCUCGCUGCGUGGGUUUCAAGGACCAUCAGUUUGUCUUUGGCCAGUGUCGCCUGACCAACCCGUGUGCCAGCAAGCCCUGCCAGAGAAACCAGAGGUGCAUCCCAAAAUACAGAGUGUGCCUUAGUGACUCGUCGGACUGCCCGCAGUACGAAUGCGCGGGGCGACAGCUGUCCUGCGAUAAGAACAGCGUGGAGCCGGUCUGCGACACCGACGGUCUCAUCCAUGCCAGCCUGUGCCAACUGCAGCAGGCUGGGAAAAGCCUGGCCUACAUGGGACACUGUCAGGAGGCCUGCAGGAGGCGGCAGCUAGUGUGCGGCCACAAUGGCGAGACCUACAACACGCUGUGCGACGCCUACUCUGACCGCGUGGCCGUCGACUACGAGGGCCACUGCCAGGCUGCGGGGGCCGUCUCUGAGAUGGUGACCGACUCUGCUUGCAGUCUCGUUUCUUGUCCACGUCCCUCACCUGCUGGCUGCCUGCCCGUCACGCCGCCAGGUGCCUGCUGUCCGGUCUGUGCCAGCGUGCUGACAAUCCUCUGGAACAAAGAACUGAUCAACACUUUCUCAAAGCUGAAUAAAAACCAGCCAGUGACAGUCCACGACGUUCUUCAAGUCAUGCGGCUGCACGUGUCCGUGCCACAGUGUGACGUCUUUGGCUACCUCAGUAUGGACCACACGCUGGUGGUCCUCGUCGCGCCUGUGGAUCAUCAGCCAACACCUCUGCAGAUGGAGGCCUGCAAGAUGGAGGCGGAGAAGAUCGAUUCUCUGAUUAAUUAUUCCAGUCCCACGCUCAUCUCCCACGUUCCUCUGUCUGCUCUCCUGGCCUCCGAGACCAGAACGUCCUCGGUCCACUCGGGCAGCAGCCGGGUGUCCCCUCUCAGCGUGGCCCUGUGGGCCCUCCUGGUCUCAGGACUCUGCGGCCACCGGCAUCUGUAAAUACCCACAAUGCACCUUUCAUUCUACACUUCCUUUCUUCUGCCUCGGAAAGAAAGUCAUCUUUGACAAUCCACUCACUCGCGUGCCAAACAAUCAAGAUGGUGAAAAAGCUUUGUAUCGACAGUAUUAUUGUUAUUGUAGUAUUAGUAGUAUUUGUGUAGAUGUUACUUCAUGUUAUCAGUGUUACAUCCCAGCAACAAGCUCUUCAACUCAUGCUAGUACUUGUUAGUCUUUAUCUCAGGCCUCAUGUACUUGUAUACACUUUAAAUACUACACACAGCCCCCUCGGGCAUUGAGUACACGCUUUCUUCUACACUUAUACAGUACCAAAAAAAAACAAGUAUUUGUUCUGUGCUGAUUUAGUACUUUUACCCUUACAAAGAUAUAGCAUACUUAGUUUUACUCUAGUUUUACUUCAACAAACAAGGUUAUAAAUGAAGUACUAUCAGAAUAAUUGAAUUAACUAUUUGCUUGCAAUACAAAAAGUACUUGUGGAGGAAGUAUUGAGUUACAGAUGUUUAUUGUAGUACUUGUUGAGGCUGUAGUCGUCUAUUGUAAUUUGUAGUAGUCAAUUGUGGUUUUGUAGUAUCUGUAAUUGUAUAUUGUAGUUUGUUCAGGUUGUAGUAGUCCUUGCAGUGUUUUGUUGGAGUGUAUUGUAAUUGUAGACUACAACCGCCGGAAACUACAAAACACUACUACAAGUUGUGGUAGUGUUUUGUAGUUACUUGUAGUUGUAGUCUACAAAUACAAUACGGUACAUUACUACCACUAAAAUACAUUAGUACAACAGGAAGGAAACUAGAAAACACUACUACAAGUUGUGGUAGUGUCUUGUAGUUACUUGUAGUUGUAGUCUACAAAUACAAUACAUUACUACAACUACAAUUCACUAGUACAACAAGAAGGAAACUAGAAAACACUACUGCAAGUUGUGGUAGUGUUUUGUAGUUACUUGUAGUUGUAGUCUACAAAUACAGUACAUUACUACAACUACAAUACACUAGUAAAACAAAAAGGAAACUAGAAAACACUACUACAAGUUGUGGUAGUGUUUUGUAGUUACUUGUAGUUGUAGUCUACAAAUACAAUACAGUACAUUACUACAACUACAAUACACUAGUACAACAAGAAUGAAACUAGAAAACACUACUACAAGUUGUGGUAAUGUUUGUAGUUUCUUGUAGUUGUAGUCAACAAAUACAAUACAGUAUGUUACUACAACUACAAUCCACUAGUACAACAAGAAGGAAACUAGAAAACACUACUACAAGUUGUGGUAGUGUUUUGUAGUUACUUGUAGUUGUAGUCUACAAAUACAAUACUAUACUACAACUACAAUACACUAGUACAACAAGAAGGAAACUAGAAAACACUACUACAAGUUGUGGUAGUGUUUGUAGUUACUUGUAGUUGUAGUCUACAAAUACAAUACAUUACUACAACUACAAUACACUAGUACAACAAGAAGGAAACUACAAAAUACUACAAGUUUUGGUAGUGUCUGUAGUUUUUUGUAGUUGUAGUCUACAAAUACAAUAUAGUACAUUACUACAACUACAAUACCCUAGUACAACAAGAAGGAAACUAGAAAAUACUACAAGUUGUGGUAGUGUUUGUAGUUUAUUGUAGUUGUAGUCUACAAAUACAAUACAGUACAUUACUACAACUACAAUACACUAGUACAACAAGAAGGAAACUAGAAAACACUACUACAAGUUGUGGUAGUGUUUUGUAGUUACUUGUAGUUGUAGUCUACAAAUACAAUACAGUACGUUACUACAACUACAAUACA